AUGUCUAUCUCCGCAUAUUUCAGACAUUGGCUCCAUCUUUCUGAUCUCGCUUGUGGCAUUUGGAGCUUAUCCGGAGGCGGCACUUGGGAACAGCUCCACGGCAAGAACGUCGCCGAAGUCGCUUCUGAGGCAGGAGUCAAUCACUUAAUCUACUCUUCGCUCCUUCAUGUCACGGAGACGACCAACGGCCACAUCAAGCAUGUCGUGCACCUCGACGACAAGGCCGAGGUUGAGCGCUACAUCCGCUCCAGUGAUUACUCGCUGCAGGUUGGCCUCCUUAUCCCAUGUGGAGUAAGGGGAUGGUGA